GAUUAAGCAUGCAAGCUAAAUUGCAGUAAUGUCUAAACUUUGAUUGUUACUAGUUAUACCAAUCUUUCAAAAUGUUUAUUACAAAGUUGCACAUUUUCGUUUUAUUUAUAAUAUUUUCCAAGACAUUUGCAACAGAAAAAAAACGUUUUAAGUGCCCCUCGUUCACUAACUUGGAUCCAGAAGAAAUAAAAACCGAGCCUCUUUCUUCUAAAGGAGAUGAAAAUUUUUAUUGUGAGAACUACCUUUUCUACGAAGAAAAUUCUUGUGAAUGUGUUCCGAUUGAAAAGUGUCCAGAAGUAUAUAAUUUAUUGCACUUGGAAAUAGAAGCUAUAAUCAACGCUGAAAAAUUUAUAAUGGGUUUGGAUUUUUCCAGCCUUCUAGAAGGGGAUAUCUGGGAAUUUUUCAAGUUGACUGUAAUGAAAUUAGGAAUCAUAACAGAGCGAGAUUUCGAAAAUUACGAAGAUGAAAAAGAUGUUGAUUUAAUUGAAAACGUCAUUGAAGAAAAUGUGGGAGCAGUUUUGUACAACUAUUCCAGAUAUCUGGUCCUACUAACGAACAAAUCCAUUAUUAGAUCUAUUAAGAAGAAAUGUGGCGAUAAUCAACUUUGCAUGACUGAAUAUCUGUUGAAAAAAAAUGAGAAAAAUAUUAAAAAAAUCGUGGAAGAUUUCAUGCCUGAAUUUAUUAGCGGCUUAAGAAAUCUUGACGCAGAUUUGAAAACACGUAUUGCAGAACAAUGCAAAGAAGACGAAUGCGUCUUUGCUAGAACAUUUUUAGUUACCUACAAUAUUAUUAUUGACCAGAUUGAAACUUAUAUCAAACCAAUUAUUGAAAAUUUGAGUCAAAACAUUAGAAAACUGUUGUCACCAUAGUUUUUUUCAUAUAUCCUUACUACAGUAGUUUAUUGAUACUUAGAUAUAUUCUAAUUGUUGAAAAUUAAUAUCAAAAUAUUGCGUUUGUACUUAAAUCAUUUCGAUAAAGUAUGGCUACUUAUUGGGCGUUUCAUUCCCUUCCCAAAUCCCAUAUUACUGAAAAUUCUAAUGGGGUUACUCUGUAUAUUUAACACCGAAAUUUUGAAUCAAAAUUAACAAUACGGUUAAAAAUCGUCAACCAUUGGAUGUAAAAAUUGCACUUAUAUUAAGAAAAAUAGUCAAUAUUUUCAGUGAAUUUGUGAAUAUGGAAACAAUUUCACACUAGGUGAGACUGAUCCUUCAUUAUAGUCAGCAAAAUAUUGAGUAGCAGAAUUUGAAAGAGGCCGUACGACCUGCGAAGACCAGCCAAACGUGAUUCCAGAAAUCUUGAAGAAAAUUCACAAAGCGGUACUGGAUGAUCGUUGACUGAAAAUUCGCGAGCUGGCGGACAUAGAAAGCAUUUCAAAAAGUGCAUAUUUACUGAAAAUUUGGACAUGAGUUAGCUAUGUGCAAGAUGGGUGUUGCGUUUGCUCAUAAUGGAACUAAAACAGCGUCGUGAAGAUGUUUCCAUCGAGUGUUUGACAAUGUUUUAUAGCAUUAAAACGUAUUUUUGCGCUAUUUCAUAACCAUGGGUCCAUCACAACACACCCGAAACAAAACAAUGCUCUGAAAAGGCAAAGACCGUUUCACCUGCAGGCAAGAUCAUGGCGUUGGUUUUGGUGAUGCGUUUGGGAUAAUUUUCAUUAAUUAUCUUGAAAAAGGAAAAAACUAUCAACGGCGAGUAUGAUUUCAACUUAUUGCAACGUUUGAGACAAGAAAUCAAGUAAAAACGGCUGUAUUUGGCCAAGAAGAAAGUGUAGUUUCAUCAAGAUAAUACACCAGCUCGCAGAUUCGUUAUUGCAAUUGCCAAAAUUAAUGAUUCAAAGCUGGAAUUGCUACCUUAAGAAGAUUACGUUGAAAAAUAAAUAUAUUUUUUUCCACAA